AUGAACGGGGAUCUCAGCCUGUCCCAGACUCUGGGAGGGCUUCGGAUAGCCAAUCCAGACGAUUCGCCUCUUCCAACGGAGGAUGCGACCGCUGGGUCAACAGGCUCCAGCCCGUUCGGACGGCCGGACGGUUCGGUAUCAACACUACACAAUCCCGCACAUGACGAACACCCCUCUGUCUUUCCUCCUGCACCCAUCGAAGUCCCCAUGACAGAUGAUCGCCCGACUUCAUUCCCUCAAGCCUCCCCCGAGAUACCACCAUUGCAAUCAGGCACAUACCAGGCGUACUCGGCUCCACCCCUCUCAACACCUCCGAAUCCCAACCGACCCCUUUCCUCCGUAUACUUGAAUGGCUCAGCAACAUCGAUACUCCCCCGUGACAACACAUAUCGAAUUCGAACUGAUUCCGGUGCUUCAUCCCAAUCUGGGUCUCAGGCGCGGUUAGACACACGAGGAGGAUCGUCGGCAUUACAUGCCGGUGUUCUGGCGCGCGACAACUCCCACAGCGACCGAUCCUACCGGACCGCGCAGAUCCCGGGCAACGGCCCGGCGGUGAUGCGUCAAUCGUCUCGAGCACAAGCAAGAAGUGGUGGCGCGUCUCAGAUGCCGCGAACGUCUUAUAUGGCAGAAAACGGCCCAAUGCCGAGUAGUGAGGAUUGGCAAGACCGUGGCGCCGCGGUCUCUGUGAGACAGGAGGUCGACGCCAACGGCCAAACCGUCUCUCGUUAUAUCAAAAAGGGUGUUCGAGACUUUUCGUUUGGGAAUACUCUCGGUGAAGGCUCCUACAGUACGGUCGUCUUUGCAACGGACCGACAGACUUUGAAGGAAUACGCGAUUAAGAUCCUUGACAAACGACACAUCAUCAAGGAGAGAAAAGUUAAAUACGUGAACAUUGAGAAGGAUACACUCAAUCGACUGACCGACCACCCGGGUAUUGUCCGGCUAUAUUACACCUUCCAGGAUGAGCAGUCGCUAUAUUUUGUGCUAGACUUGUGCAAAGGAGGAGAAUUGCUCGGUGUUCUCAAACGGAUGACCACAUUUGACGAAGAGUGUACAAGAUUCUACAGCGCCCAGAUUCUUGAUACGAUAGACUAUAUGCACAAGCGCGGCGUUAUCCACCGAGACCUGAAGCCAGAAAAUGUGUUACUUGACAGCGGGAUGCAUGUCAAGAUCACUGAUUUCGGGACAGCAAAGAUUCUCAAGACUCCACGAGUUGAUCCCAGUUCAAACGGCAUUCUUCCUCUUGACUCGGCCGAGCUUACACAGGAAGAGCGGGCGAGCUCUUUUGUCGGCACUGCGGAGUAUGUCAGCCCCGAGCUGCUGACCGACAAAAAUGCAUGCAAAGCUAGUGAUCUUUGGGCUUUUGGUUGCAUAAUCUACCAGCUUUUGGCCGGUCGUCCACCGUUCAAGGCCGGAAACGAGUACCAGACUUUCCAGAAAAUUGUGGCACUCGACUACGAGUUCCCGAUUGGAUUUCCGACUGUUGCGCGUGAUCUUGUCGAACGUCUGCUCGUUCUAGAGCCUACUCGGCGUCUCCAGAUCGAACACAUCAAAAAUCAUGAAUUCUUUGAAGGUAUCACAUGGGGCUCAGAUCUAUGGCAACAGAAGGCACCCCGCUUGAAGGCCUAUGUACCCCCUGCACGCGACCCCAUCAAGCUCAAUGACAGUAAAAAUGGGGAGAGUCCACCUCCAGUCGUCUCCACUGCCCCCAUGAAUGCACCAAAUGCCAGUUCCCGCCACCUUCCACGGGUGGUAACCGAGCUACCCCCGCCGAGCCAGCUCGAUAUUGAAUGGUCGCCAGUACUAAGCAAAACCAACGAGCGGAUUUUGAAAUUGGGUAAUCUAGUUGUUCUGUCUUCUGCUGCCUCACACAGCCCAACGUCCAAGAACAGCAGUGGUGAAUUCGAGGCACCCAGGAAGUUCUCUCGUUUCUUCUCAGGAAGCGCCACAAAGAAGCGACAGCGGUUGGUGAUGGUCACAUCAUCCGGGCGGGUCAUUCUGGCCGCGUCAGGGGGUGAUGAUAAGAAGAUCAAGCUUGAGAUUCCCCUGCUUGCUCCGGGGACAAGCUACAGAAGUACAACGGAUUCUAAAGGAAUUUCAUCCUGGAUUGUGGACACGAGGGAGAAACAUUACGUUUUCGAGGAUCCCAAGCCCUCAUCAAGCAACAUCGGCGCCACAGCGGUCCAAGUACAAGAAUGGCUCGACGCAUUGGACAGGUCCCGAGAGAUGGCAUCACAGCAACCAAGCGCCGGCUUCUCCGACGAUGCAUUCCGCGACCUUUCCUCUGGUUUCCCUAGUCCCGCCAACACACUAGACCGCUCGUCUGACAUGCAGAAAGAUGAUAGAGGCCCACCAUCAUCGGGUCGGAAUCACCUAGUCAAACAGCAGACCGGUGACACUGAGUCAACGAAAGGAAGGAAACGAUUCAGCAAACGUCAUUCGAAGAAUGGUCUUGCUGCGGUGUUUUAG